AUGGUGCUUGUUAUCUCAGUGGUGCCAAACGAGGAGGGUCGUGCUGUAGACAGGAGGCAUGAAAGGUAUCAAUUGUCUGCACUCAAGGGGAACAUUGCGGUGUUUUACGAUUCCCGGCAGGGUCCACCUGAUCCCGAGGUUGCGUAUUCGCUGAGCCAAGACACAUCACCAGAUGAGGCUCCUGCACAACCAUUCUUUGUGUGUUCCUUUGAUGCCAUUUGGGACGCUCUGCAAGAAGACAAAUCUUCGACAAAGGUUUCAGAUGCGGAUGUGAUGGAAGUUCUGAUGGCCGACGUGGGUGCGCGAGUUGCGGCACGAGAAAACGUCACGAUCAUCAACCGAGGGGCUCAUGCACAUCAAUUUGUUGAAAAGAUUCUUCGAUCGCUUCAAAGGAGCAUUGAAGAAUCCGCGGAGAACGCGAUGCAAGUUGUGGCCGAUGAAUUAGCGAAGGAGAAGCAGAUGCAACGCCUUCUUCAACUGGAAAACGAAAACAACAUGCAGGUUGUGAAGGAGUACGUGAAGAGUAGGAAUGAGUUUACAAAACCCGCAAGGACGGCCAUCAAGUUAUCCGCCAAGUUAUUACGAAACCUACGGCAACUUCGAAAGCGAAAUUUGCACUUUCUUGUGUCUGAACAAAAUGCAGCGGGGAGGUUUACCGUGUUAACAGCAGCGUAUCGUGGAGAGUUGGUGCCUCCGUGCAUGAAAGGCUCGUGUCUUACGCCACAGUCUUUUAAAAUCACGCCACCGCCGCGAGUCCCACCCUCACCUCAAAGCUCACGCCGUCACAAGUGUUCUACACCAAGAAAUUCCUACCUUGGUUCACGUAUGCAGCGACGACCCACGUUGAGUACCCUCGAAUUACUUGGUGAAGUGAAUGAGGAGGUCGUUGUUGAGCCUCUGAAAGGAAAUGGAUGGGGAAAAGAAAUACAUUUCUAUGUAUUUGAUGGGAAGACAUCUUUAUUGGGGCUUCCAGGCAUACCAAAGUUUGAGAAUGUCAUCAAGGGAUUUACAGUGGAUUUCUGGUUUAGAAUUGAUUCGAAGGAACCGGAAAAUAAACGUGUCUUUCUGCAUAUUAUGGACGGGCAACGGGCAGACAUUGGUCAAUUGUUUCAAAUCAGCUACAAUCGCUAUGAUCAAAUGUUUGAGGCAAUUUGCAUAUACGUUAGGGACAGUACCAAUCGAGUUUUGGAAUGUUUAAUGCCUCUUAAAUUAGACGCCUCUUCUGAGGAAGGUGAAGAGCACUUUCACCAUUUUCUCCUAAACGUACAGAGUCUGGAGGAAGGAAACCUGGAAUGUUUGUUUGAUGGUCAAACGACGACGCUACAGAUUGUGCAGCAGGAGUAUCCCGUCAUUUUUAACGCAUGGCCACACCGUCUGUUUGUUGGAGGAUAUAUGGACGCAUUCAACAGGCCUACAUGCGUAUUCCAUGGAACAAUUUUUGAAGUGCGCUUUGGGCUAAACACGGAAGACGGUCCCAAGACAAUUGUUCGAUGGCCGUUGCUUGCAGAUGGGGAAAAGCUGAAGGAAGUGAUGCAUACGACUCCCGGAGAACAUCAUGAAACGUUAUUAAAUCUUGAAAAACAAGUGGGUUGUCCUCCACGGACCGCAGCAUCUUUCGAUGGAAAACUUGUGGUGACGUUGGGGCCGCUUGGGGUUCUUGGAGAACUGCUGUGCAAUUGGCGUUUGGAAAUCCGAUUUCGGACGAAUGUGAGCAAUCGGACGAUGAGUUUGAUUGGUGUCACGGAUAAGCAGUGCAGAAUGCAGGAAUUGGGUAUUGUGAUGAAUGCGGAGCCCGUUUUUGGAAGAGAAAGAUUUCGAUUCCAUGAGCAUAAUAUCACCUUGUAUCUUGUGGAUGCAUUUGGUGCCUGUUGCUCGGCUUUACUUCGAGGAAGUGAACAUCAGAAUGUAAUGGAUGGUCAAUGGCAUACAUUGGUAUGGAAAUGUAUUGAUAGUGAGGCAAACACAUACCGGGUAAAGAUGGAUGGCGUGUUGCAGGAGCUCCUGUACCUUGUACGGGAGGGACCAAGACGAUUUCUUCCCUUUGUGGAUUGGAUAUGUCUUGGUGGUCACAAUACCCGAAGUUACAAGGUCCAACGGCCGUUUUAUGGUGAAAUUGGUCGUUUUUUUAUAUCUGUUCGUGGCAUACCACUUGCAACAUUGAACAUGGACGAAGGGCCGGGGGCCUAUGUGCUUCAAGAUACCUCUGGCCGUUACAAUCAUGGGCUUUUGAUUAGCCCUCUAACAAAGGCUGUUCGACGUCAUGAUGUUUACUGGUUCCCACACAUGGAAGAUAUUUCUUCCGAGGGGGAUGAUUUUUUGGGGAAAGAUCGAAUCAUCAUUCACAAGAAUAACGUGGUAUCACUGGCGGCCAUUGUCUUUACAUGUGAAUUUGCCUCUUCAGGCGUCGCACGUGAGGUGGUGUAUGAUGUUUUGGGGGAAACCUGCGUGGAGCCGCGGGUUGUUGAGAAUCACAUUUCUGAUCUACGCCCCCAGUGGAAAACAUGGCGGGCUCUACCGGAGAGUUGUUUUCGGACAGUAGACACUCUCGUACAGCUGGAGGAGACAAUCAACAGUACACUUGCCUGUGAAAAACCGCUUGGACACUUUAUGUUUGUGAUUCGAAUUGGUGACUGUCAUGUGACUUUACUAAAUUUGCACGGUCCUCUGCUCCCUUCCGACGCAACAUACAAUCGCAGUAUUCUACGGUGGCAAUACGCCUAUGCCAUUUCGGGCACCAAAGGUCGACGGGAAAUUCUACUUAAUCAAAUGAUUCAAGGUGUUGAGAGCAUUCUUUUACGCGACACACUUACUCCUUUUGUGACCAAAAGGUUGGGCCCAUUAAAUGUGAAUGAACAAAGUAUAGUCACAGAGGACAUUAUUCGAUCCAUGCAGAAUAGUGGAAAGCCAUGGUUUCUCAGUGCGGUGCUGCACAACCAUCUGCUUAACGCAGAGUAUGGAUCACACAUUCAUAUCUUUCAUCAUCUUAAGGAUCGCAUGACGGUUGAUGAGGCGGCUUCUGUUGCACUGUUUAACAGGAAAUUGCUUAAUGAAACAAAGAAGAAGGCGUCUCUUGUGAUUCAACGGAAUUGGAGGGCACGAGAGGCUCGUAUAGAAGUCAUGCGGCUUCGCUGUGAAAGAGAAAUUCGAGAACGAAAGGUGGAGGAAAUCAAUUCACUGCGGAUGAAUCCUUUUAUGAAGGCAAAGGAAACCCUUACCGCAUUGCUUAUUACAUUGCAUCAGAUUGAUUGUGAGGCAAUCCCACCCAUCACGGAUGAGAUUGAUGAACUCUCCGAGAUUUUGUCUAAACACGGAUAUGCGGUCACGUACUUGCCCAACGCUUCCAGGACAACACUCAUGAAGGCUCUCUCGGAGUUGGAUGAGGACACAUCUAGCUUUGUUUACAUCAGUGGAUACGGUGGGUUGAUGAAUGUUCGCCAGCCCCCACUCAUUUCUUUGCAUAGCCUUUAUAUUUCUAUUACAGAAGGCGCUGGAAGAGCGACUCUUGAAGGGGAGUGUGGGGGUGCAUAUCGGAGAAUGAUGCAGGCGUUUCGUGAUGAACGCCCACCUCCCAAGGUGCGGAAGGGAAAACGUAAGACGAAUAGGUCUCAACCAAGUAAAAAGGCCUUGCAAGAAGCGGAAUUGGCUGCGCGGCAGAGGGAUGAAUUAUUUCGAAUGGCUAUUGCAGAAAUAGAAAAGGAAGAAACAUUUACACGUGAGGCAACUGCGGAGGAGUAUGAUAAGGAGGUCUUGAUGAUUAUUCGGGAAAUUAAACUAGCCACAGAAGCCACAAAUGAAUAUGAGCGUACAUAUAAGAGAGAUUCUGGUGGUAUGCAUUUUGUUCUUCCAUGUGAAGCCAGACUGAUAGAGCCGUAUGCAAAUACGGUCUACGGUGUGGAAGAGUUAAUGAACAUUGCCCUUGAGCGCCAAAUAUCUCCCUUGGGACUUCAGCGUAUUGUGGCCAUCGAUUUGGAGCCCAUCACCCCCAUUUCUUGUGGCUCUGCUUGGGUGGCUAGCAGCACGGGCUACACCUUGAAAUUUCCCUACCAACCGCAGCAGCGUCGUAUUAUGUCGCACUUACUUUGUAAAGCAUUUGAUGGUCGUAUGCCGUGUGUUCCGGCACAUUUCAGGUACGCGGUACUAAAGGGAGGCAUUGAGACAAAGUCCGAUGAAAGGGAUUGGAGAUCCUUUGCGACAUAUCUGGUCUCCAAGAUGCAGUCUGUGUGUAGCAAAGCGGCACUAGCUGAAUUACGUGAGGAGCUGGAUCGUGAAGUGCCGUUUGUUGCAGAGCUGAUUCCUGUGCGGGGAAUUGUUUUGGAUUUGGAUACCCGGGAAAGGCUGCGCCGUGAACGAGAUUCAAAGGAAGUCCAUGUCGUUUUGCGCUAUGGCGUGGGAAGCUCCCAUGUACAGCCCGAUAUGUUUGCUGUCUUCAAGAACGUUAUCACCGUUGGCGUUCCGUUGAGGGAAAUUGCGUUCAAGAACACAAUUUACAUUUUGUUUACACGAUGCAGUAAAGGCAUUGAUGGUCUUUUAAUGGAACCACUUUUAAAGGAAAUAGAGAGUUGUCGUCCCAUUGGGUGCAACGUCCCUAUUAGUGUUACCACCACCGCAUUAGGAGUCCGCCUCUUUUUUGAUAACAAAGAACCUGAAAAUAAACUGCACGUUUCCCAGUGGGCCAAUGGCAUUGUGGUGCGUAGUCUCUCAUGGCAGCUUCCUGUGAAUUCGCUGCUCGGUUACCGUAUGUUAGAGGUGGACCAUGUGGAGUACCUGUACGAAGUGAAAAUCACCUGUUCCCUGCGUAAUUUGAAUCGUCUAAAGAAGCAGCAACGCCAACAGCCUGUCCCAAUGCCGUAUUCACGUUUUUUGGCCUGUGAGGUUCUCCCCAAUCCAUCGUAG